CUCUCUCUCUCUCUCUCUCGUCUUCUCAUCGCACCUCGCUCAUUUCCCUGCACCUGAAACCCGAACCCGAGUCUAUCUCGUUCCUCGAUCCAUUUCGUGUUGAAACCCUCUCUUCGUCCUCAACCCGCUCCUUCUUCCUUUACCCAAAUCCCCUUAUUUCGCCGAAACCCUAACCGUACGCUAUGUCACCGUCGUCCUCAACUAGCGGCGACGGUGAUGUUAUCUGAUGUGUUCAAUCUCGUGCGGGUGGACGGCCGCGACGUUGUUUUUCUCCUGGAGGACGACGGCAGUGCGGUAUCGACCGAGCAGCGACUGUAUCUUCACCGGCAGAUGACGAAGCUGAACAUCCCGGCGGGGGUCCUUUAUCUUCCUGAGAUUGUUGCCGACGGGUUCGCCCAUGUUUUCUACGUUUUGGAUGCCGGCAAUGAUAGAAUCGUGAGGGAAGUGCCCGAUCGGGAAGGGUUUUGGGGCCAGCCCACCUACGGCUUCGGCCAUAGCUGCCGCGGCUUUAAAAUCAUUCGCAAGGAGGAUCCACACCAGCCUGAGCCCAUGCCGGAUCACCACCCCACCAUUCUUCAUAUAUACCACAGAUCCACUGACUCAUGGACUGAGGGUAUGUCCGACCUGGCUGUUUGUGAUCCUUUCAGAGAGCCCGCAGUCCGAUCCCCACUGUACGGACUCUCGUUCUGGAAGGUAAAUGCUGCUGAGGCAGUCCAGAUUCUCGCAUAUGACUUGGAGGACGAUAGCUUGUAUGAUAUUGCAGGUCGCUGCAGUUUUGUCGAUAUUCCUGAUGAGGCUGAUGGUGAUGAUCUAUUAAGUAGCAUUACAUUUGGCCUCGGCUCUGGAGGUGAGAUAAUUGGCGCUCGGUUUACAAGGAGGCCAGUGGAAGGUGGUCAGGUAAUCGACCUACACUUCGAUUUUCAACUCACCCCGCCUCAAGAUAUCACUAUGCCGCCGGAACCUUCAUUCGGAUCCGAUAUCACUCUCCUGACCCCUUUGAUUGGCUUGGGGAGAGAUGAUCACCUGCAAAGCCUGUUCUUCCUUGUCCUCGAGGACAAGAUCAUCUGCAUAGACUUCCACUACAACGGAAUAAGCUGGGGGCCGCUAACAAAAUUCAUUUUGGAUGGACCAACCCCAAAGUUCACAGCGAUAUGCCUAGGACCUAUUACAAUUUCUCCAGAGUCACACAGCUCCCCAGCAAGUGGAUCAUUAUCUCUUGAAGAGUCGAAGGAAGCAACAAAGGACCAGAGCAGUGAAAAUACAGGGCCAAGCAGGUCCAGAGGCUCCAAAAAACCUAGCAGAUAUGGAAAAGACAAAAGCAGUAAAAACAUAAGGCCAAGCAGCACCAUGGUGUGCUUUGCAGAAUCAGGUGAUUCGAACAAUGCCAAGAGUGACAGUCAUGAUAAUUUUAAUGUGCCUAAUCAAGUGUCACGACAACCCUUCAGAUCAAAAGCUCAAGCAGAUUAUGAAGGAAAUCCUCUUGAACGCAAUCGCACCGAAAAACUCUGCUUGUAUGGAGAAGUGGAACGUACAAAAGAUUGCAGGGUUGGGAGCCCUUUGAGGCAGGGUGUUUCCCAGAAGGGACAGGUGCCUGGGGCAUCUGUGCACAACUCUGAUGACCUUUCUCUCAAAAAGGCAUAUAUCGGUGUUGAAGAUGUGACUGAUGGUGCCAAAAAACUGAGCAGAUAUGGAAAAGACAAAAGCAGUAAAAACAUAAGGCCAAGCAGCACGAUGGAAUCAGAUGACUCAAGCAAUUCCAAGAGUAACAGUCAUGAUAGUUUUAAUGUGCCUAGUCAAGUGUCGCGACUACCCUUCAGCUCAAAAGCUCAAGCAGAUUAUGAAGGAAAUUAUCUUGAACGAACUCGCGCCAAAAAACUCAGCAGAUAUGGAAAAGACAAAAGCAGUAAAAACACAAGGCCAAGCAGCAUGAUGGAAUCAGAUGACUCGAGCAAUUCCAAGAGUGACAGUCAUGAUAGUUUUAAUGUGCCUAGUCAAGUGUCACGACUACCCUUCAGCUUAAAAGCUCAAGCAGAUUAUGAAGGAAAUCAUCUCGAACGUACUUGUGCCAAAAAGCUCACUAAAGGUGGAAAGGAGAAUCGCACAAUAGAGCGCGACAAACCAUGGGGUUUAGAGGCCAUGGUUGAAUUUCACAAACCAUCUGGUGUUUAGAAGGCUAGGGUUGGAUUUUCACCACUCUGUUUCCUCUUCUAUCGUUUGAUUGAGACUGAGUAUGUGUAUACCUGUUUUGAUUACUUAGUUUGAUGAAUCUCUUGAGCAAUAAACUCCUCACAUGGGAAAUGAUUGUGACCUUCAUUUGAUCUAUAUAAGCGAAGCUACUUUGAUUCUUUUGCUCCCCGGUUGAGCUGCAAUUCCUCCCAAAAAUUGUUUUUGCUGUUUUGAAGGGGUCUAUUACUGAUAUUCAAGUUUAGCUGAAGGGGUCUAUUCCUGGUUCUAUUCCCACUUCGUUUCCUGAA